AUGGCUCACCCUCGGGAUUCGGCGCAGGACUACGGCUGGGGAACUGCUGUGUCACAGGAGGCCUACUGCUGGCACGACAAAGAGGAUGAGCUGCAAACCGUUGCCGUCGCCAAUGUCGCCUUCGCCUCUGCCGAAGCCCAGGCGAAAGUCUUUCCGUGGACGAAGCGCAUGUUCCUCCUCUACCUCUGUCUCCUCAUUGCGACGGUCAACAGUGUGAUCAACGGCUACGAUGGCACCCUCAUGUCCUCCAUCAACUCGUACCCCCAGUAUCGCGAAUACUUUGGUUUCGAUCCCGUCAACGGUACGCCAACUACCAGUCUAGCAUAUGCCAUCUACCAGAUCGGCAACCUCGUAGGGAGCUUCGCCGCCGGGCCCGCCGCCGACUGGCGCGGCCGCAGAUGGGGCAUGUUUUUCGGAGCCGCAAUCAUAGUCCUGGGAACAUGCGUGCAAGCAACAUCGACCAGCUUGGGUGCCUUCAUGGGCGGCCGUUUUACCCUUGGCUUCGGAGUCUCCAUUUGCGCCACAGCCGGCCCCGCUUACGCCAGUGAGAUGGCACACCCAGCCUACAGAGGCAUACUAACCGGCCUGUUCAACACGUUUUGGUACGUGGGUGCUAUUCCCGGCACUUUCGUCCCGUAUGCUACCAGUAUGUUGGACGGCACCCGCGCUUGGCGCAUCCCCACGUGGUUGCAGUUGAUCUUUGCCGGAAUCGUCCUCCUCGGCGCACCCUGGCUACCCGAGACUCCUCGGUGGUUGAUCGCCAAUGACAGGCACGAGGAGGCUUUGAACGUCAUGGCCAAGUAUCAUGGAGAGGGAAACAGAGACUCUGCAAUUGUCCAACUCGAGUACAAGGAGAUGGUCGAGGACAUUUCCAUUACCGGUGCUGACAAGCGUUGGUGGGACUACCGCGAGCUCUUCAACACCCGCGAAACCCGCUACCGCACCUUCAUCGUUGUUACCUUUGCCUUCUUUAGUCAAUGGGUUGGCAACGGUCCCAUUUCCUACUACUAUCCCGCCGUCCUCCAAGGGGCCGGCAUAACCAACAACCACACGCGGCUGCUCCUCAACGGCUUCCAGACCCUCGUUUCACUCACAGGCGCCCUGAUCGGCGCUGCCUUCACCGACAAAUGGGGCCGGCGCAAGCAACUCAUGACCUCGACCUUCGUCAUCGCCCUCAUCUUCGUCGCCGUCACCGCCCUCAACGCGACCAAUAUCCUCACCGAUCCAGAGACCGGCCUCCCCGUCACUGACGACAGCGGCACGCCCAUUGCCAUCUCCCAAGCGCGAUCCAGGGGCGUCAUUGCCGUGGUGUUCAUUUUCGGCUUCGUGUACUCGGCAGGCUUCACGCCGCUGCAGGCACUGUACCCGGUCGAGUGUCUGCGGUAUGAGAGCAGGGCGAAGGGAAUGGCCACGUACAAUUUCUUCGUCAAUGUGGCUAACUUCUACAACACCUUCGUCACUGGCAUCGCCUUCACGCACCUCGCUUGGAAGUACUACUUCCUCUUCAUCGCAUGGGACAGCCUGCAGCUCAUCAUCAUUUACUUCACCUACGUCGAGACCAAGCGCCGCACCCUUGAAGAACUUAGCGAAAUCUUCAAAUCCGCUCGUCCCGUCAAGACGAGUUUGGGGACCACGGUCGUCGUGGUCAGGGAGGGAAGGGGGGUGGAGGUCGUGGAAGAAGAUGAUCGGAUGGCUGCAAAGGAGAAUAAGGAGGUCAGGUGGAGUUGGGAGUAG